AUGACCGGUAUCCUGGACGAACUCCGUCAGGCACAUUACAUAACUACACUCGACCUAAGUCAGGCGUAUUUCGAGAUUCCUCUGGACCCUGACGCCAGGGAAACUACCGUUUUUGCGGUCCCUGGCCGUGGUUCUUACCAUUUUCUCCGUAUGCCAUACGACCUAACCAACGCUCCAGCAACCUUCCAGCGUCUGUUGGAUAGGUUGAUUGGCCAAGACAUGUACCCGCAAUUUUUUGUGUACCUCGAUGAUAUUAUCUUCGUCUCCGAGACACUCGCGAAACAUCUCGAGUUACUCGGCCGUGUUCUAGAUAGGAUCAAAACCGCCGGCCUCACUAUUAAUAGGGAGAAAAGCGAGUUUUGCUGCUCCCAGGCUCAACCUGGUUCAUCCUUCACCAUGCUUGAUGGAAUUGGGCCCACUCUCGCCGAUCGUUCCCCUAGGAACGACUCAGGCGCUCCAGGUGGGACUUUUCCGAGGGCCACACCCGUAAAGGAACACUCGGCACAGCACCUCAGCCCUAGAGCCGAGACCACUCCCCCAGCUCAGAUCGCUGAGGAGAGACCCAUCAAUAGCCGCCAUGACGAGCUACUGGCCGCUAAUCCAGUUGUCAGGCUAGAGCGACUGGACACAUCGACGCUGGCACCACGCAUCGAGGACUCCUGGAGCCCUGCACUUGUGCAGCCUCCAACCUCUGCACCACCUGAGGUCGACCAGCUACGUGAUCCCUCCGGUACCCAGACGAUAUUCGGGGACGCCCCGCCAGACCUCUCCGGGGCGAGAGAGAACGCAAGGACCUACAGCUACGGAGUCUCCAAGGCCCCCGCUUCCCCGAAGCGGGCCCCCUCGACGAUCCUCCUCACAGAGUUCGUCGUCAACCAGCUCGUCGUCGUCAUCAUCAUCGUCCAACCGGUCCUGACGGCUGAGAAAACCCGUCAGCUUCCUUAUCCAAUAAGGAGGAUGCUCGAGAGCAUUCCUUCAGUGGCCCCAUCUACUGGCUCCGCAUCUCCGACCUUCGGGUUCGGUCCAACCCCUCCAGCGACCCCAGUCACUGGCGCCCCAUCUCCGACCUCCGGGUUCGGCACUCUUUUUCCAGCGACUUCGGUCACUUGCCAACAAUCUCCAGCGACUCCGGUCACUGGCCAACAACUUCCAGUAACACCUGCUACUGGCCCGAGGUCUCGAACGGAGAUCUCCGAGACGACCGCAUCGGGUGUCGCCUCGACUCAGGCGAGCACCAAGCCUAGACCAAGAUCGGCCUCCAGGAAGGGUCUUAACCCCAAGAGAAUUUGGUGCUUCGACUGCAGGAAGCAUGGACAUCGACCAGCCAACUGUCUGAAACCCACAGGAGAGACCUUCUGCGGGAAAUGCCCCUUCAGGGUCGCCUCCGAUCGACCUUGCCCUACCCACGGGACUACUCUACCAGGCACCACCAUCAGCAAGUGCGCUAGCCGACCAGUGCCGCUUCGCUCCGCCCUAGAGCGCGUUCGACGACCAGCGAGACGGGGCACCCCAGGGUCAGAACUCCCCCGCUGUAUGUGCGCCGAGCCGACCGACGAGACCACCCUAGAUACUCCGACGUCCUCCAGUACUCCAAGCGUUCACCUAGCCGCGACCCAGUCGGUCAGGGAGCCGUCAGGCGGAUCCCUGGUGACACUUCGGCAACGACCACUUCGGGCGCGUACCAAGCCCACGAAGACCAAGGGCCACAGGACCCACCUCGCCCGCACUCGUACUGGGCUUCAUUCGAGUCAGGUACGUCCACAAACUCCCAGCAUUGGCACUUCCAGCACUUCGAGCUACGGCUCGGCCGAUCCCAGGGAUAGUCGCAAUCCCCCGGCUGAUUCUUCUGCGAACUCGAGGAGACAGGAACGACCAGGGUACUUUACCUAUGCCUCGUCCCCGACCCCAGCGAUGACAGCAGCACCCACACCAAUCCCAGCUGCUGGAAGGAGAACCAUCUCUUCAGUAAUUCCAGAUCCAACCUGGCUUCAAAGGAGGAAUACACAUAAGGACUUGGCACGCUCGUGGGAACCACGGGACCCUCCACGCCACUAG